CCACUUUCCAGUUUCGAGUUCUCUCAUGCCGUACUGGGAUAAUGGCGGGCUCUUUCAUGAUUAUUCGCAUAUGAAUAGUGCGCAGAAGACCCCCGAGGGCGAUUUUCUCAUCAGCAUCAAGCACUUUGGCUGUAUUAUCAUGGUAAACGGCAAGAAUGCUCAACCUAAAUGGAUCAUGGGCGGUGCACGGAACCAAUUCACAGACAUCACGAAAGACGGCACGGCUACCUUUGGCCCCCAGCACCACGCACGCAUAAGCGGCAAGAACCGCAUUACUCUUUUUGACAAUGCACAAUGGAACAACGGCUUUUGCGAGGGGCGAGGAAGCAAGGGAGGCCAUUGCUCUCGCGGUCUCGAGCUAGAAUACGACCUAGAGGCCAUGACAGUCUGGGUCGUCAACGAGUGGUACCAUCCCCAAGGUCUCAUCAGCGCCACGCGAGGAGGUGUCCAGCCGCUCCCAAACGGAAACACGCUUAUUGCCUGGGGGCAGAAUGCCAUGUAUACCGAGCACACGCCCGACGGAGAGGUUGUCAUGGACAUCCAGAGAAGUCUCGUUGACGAGGAUCGCCUGGGUCACAAUACGUUGAUAGCCUACCGCGCCUGGAAGGGUGACUGGGAGGGUAAGCCCACCUGGGGACCCAACAUCUCCGCAAACGCAGAUGCCAGUGGGAACAUGACGAUUUAUGUCUCAUGGAACGGCGCGACGGCUGUAAAACGAUGGGUUCUGGUAUGUCUUGAUAUGCGACGAUCUGUGUAUUCCGACAGCGAACUAAUUCCUUCUUCCAGCUCCUGUCCACUUCAUUAUCGAGCCUCAACGGCCCCAAAAAAGUCGCAAGCGAAUCGCGUCGCAUGGGCUUUGAGACGGGUUUUGUGCUUCCCCGGGACUGGGACGCUACCUUUGCCCGCGUUGCUGCGCUUAACAAGAAUGGCGAGAUUAUCGGGUCAACUCCAGCAGUUGACAUAGCCACCGGGGCAAUACAUGUCCUCGCGUAUGAGGUGUCGUCGGUGAGAGUCGAUGAGGGCACCUCAGUUAAUCCCAAGUACUGCGUUACUACUGUCUCUUCUACAGCGUAUGGGAAUAUAGGCGAUAUCUCGUCCAUGCCUCUCUACCUUGCGUGUGCAACAAGUGUCGGCCUUGCCAUGUGAGUCACUUCCAAGGGUCAUUUGAGCUUUUAUAUCGAGACUCAUAACUAACCUUCGGUCUAAUAGUGCGCUGGGCUAUGUUCUCCAAACAAGACAGCCGUCAAAAAAAUGAGCGCGAUUUAAUAUACCCUGGUAGGCAGCCCUGGCGAUGGUGGCGAGCAGAAGGAAAGACGCCCACCGCAAAUGAGUGGAGAAAAGAUUAAACCCUCCAGAUUGAGGAAAUAGAUCUGUGCGCAUUUACCAAG